CUUUUUUUUAAAAACAGUGUGGAGAGGUCGCGGCACUGUUUCACUCGGGGGAAAGAAGCUUACGGUUGGAAGAAGCACAGGUGCUAUAGCUUGACCUGACCCUGGGUGCAUCGCAGUGCAACAGUUUGCCAUUCUGUGCCACACCUGGACUUCAGCUUUGCUGCUUUCUUUUUGCUGCUGUGUCUGGUCUGGGAAAGAGAACAAGAGAGAGCGAGAGAGAGAGAGAGAGCGAGCGAGCGAGCGAGAGAGAGAGAGAUGUACGGGCUACUGUGUGAGAGCCUCCAUGACUUCAUUAAGGAGUCGUUCGGGGACGACGUGUGGAAACUGGUGCGCGAGCGCGCCGACGUCAGACUCCACUCUUUCGUCACGCACGAGGUCUACAGUGAGAGUGUAAUCCCCCGGAUUGCCAAAGCUGCCAGUGGCGUGACAGGGACCCCCUACAAUGAGCUCAUGAACUCUUGGGGGGUCUACUUCCUGGGCUUCGUGGGGAAGUACGGCUAUGACAGAAUCCUCAAGGUGUUGGGUCGGCAUGUGCGUGACUUUGUGAAUGGGCUGGAUAACCUGCAUGAGUACCUGCGCUUCAGCUACCCCAAGGUGCAGCCCCCCACCUUCUUCUGCCAGGAAGAGUCGGCCACCGGAGUCACGCUGCAUUACAGGAGCAAGAGAAAGGGCUACCUGCACUACGCCAUGGGGCAGCUGAGGCAGAUGGGCAAACAGUUCUACGACACGGACAUCCAUGUGGAGGUGCUGUCUGAACAGCUGGUGGGAGACUACUCCCACGUCACCAUGAGGUUGAACUUUGACAACUCUGCCUACCGCUACAUCCAGAAAGAAGAUACAGAGGAGCAGGAGAUUUUACCCAUCACAAGUGAUUUCUUUUUUGAAGUGUUCCCCUUCAAUAUUGUUUUCAGAAAGGACAUGGUGGUGCACAAUGUGGGCUCAGGUCUGGCCACAGUCUUCCCUGACCAGGAUGGAAAGAAGAUCACAGACGCCUUCCUGCUGGCUCGCCCCCUAGUGGAGUUCACGUGGAACAUGAUCAUCUCCCAUCCAAACAACCUCUUUGAGAUCAUGUCCAAGGAGCCUGUGAAGAGAGAGAGGAACCUUCACAACCGCGUUCAGAAUUUGGACUAUGAGAACGCCAACCGCACAGCUGACGUGGAUGUGGAGCUCAUGGCCUUUCAGUCCAUUAUUGGCGACGACUACAAAGAUGAAAACUGUGCCAACGCCAGGGAGAGUUGGGGAGACGGCAGCCGCUGCCUCCGACUGAAGGGCCAGAUGAGAUACAUGCCUGAGUGGGAGUCCAUCAUCUUCCUGGGCACGCCCGUGAUGGAGAGUCUGAGUGCCAUGUUUAAGACAGGUCUGUACAUUAAUGACCUGAGCAUGCACGACUCCAGCAGAGACCUGGUGCUGGCUGGCACACAGCAAUCAGAAGAACUAAAGAGAGCUCUCAUUCAGGAGCAGAAGAAGUCCAGUAAGCUGGAGGAGAGCAUGAAGAUGCUGGACUACGAGAUGAAGAAGACAGAUGACCUUCUCUAUAGGAUGAUCCCGAAGCCGGUGGCCAAGAGGCUGCGCAAAGGCGAGCCUGCCGUCAACACCUGUGAGGUGUUCCCGGAUGUGACCAUCCUGUUCAGUGACGUGGUGGGCUUCACCCGGAUCUGCAGCCACAUCACGCCCAUGCAGGUGGUGUCCAUGCUUAACACCAUGUACACGCUCUUCGACACACUCAGCGAGAAGCACCGUGUGUUCAAGGUUGAGACCAUUGGUGAUGCUUAUAUGGUGGUAGCCGGGGCCCCUGAGAAGACCAAAUUCCAUGCCCACAACAUCUGUGACAUGGCUCUGGACAUGGUGCGCUCCAUCGACCACCUGAAAGACCCGUCCAACGGCAAUAACAUACAGAUCAGAGUGGGCAUCCACUCUGGGAUGGUGGUGGCAGGCGUCGUUGGACAUAAGAUGCCACGCUAUGGUCUCCAUGGUGACACAGUUCACACAGCAUCUGCUAUGGAGAGCAACGGAAAGGAGAUGCACAUCCAGCUGACCAGCGCCACCUACGAGCACCUCAAGGGAAGCCAUUUCAUCUUUGAACGCCGUGGCAUCAUCACCAUCAAGGGCAAUGUGGAGAUCGAGACGUACUGGCUGAAGGGCAAGAGAGACAAAGACGGGAACGCCCAGGCAGCCUGCCCUCAGUUUGUGGCCCAGACCAUCAGCAAGGCCACCAUCUCCGCCUCGGACCCCCCCAUAAGCCAGCAGGGGAUGAUUUUCCCCUCGGUGGCAGGCGAGGAACAGAGCGACAUGCGCCCCCAUCGGAUCAAAGUAGAGCCUUCUGGGAAUUCCUUGGAGGAAUAUAUGGAGCAGUGCAGGGUGGAGAAGAUGUCUGUGAGUAAGUCUCAUUAUAAAGACGCGCCGCAGGAUGGCGGUCAGCUAGACCCUCACAUCGAGCUGGACUCUCCAGACUUCGCCGGCAGGAAUUCCAUCACGGGGUCUACUGAUGGGUCGUGUGACUCAGAGAAGAGCACCAUGUGUGUGUUGUCAUGAGCCAGACGGCUGCGCUGGAUUUGAAGCUGAUACCACACUGCUUUUGCACACAGCUUAACUGCACUUUGUCCUGCGUGUGGAUACAAGUUUUUGGAUGUGAUCACUUGUGGCUGCCUGCUAUUCUGUUCAACAAGGCUUUAUUCUGAUGUGUGUGUAUAUAUGUUAGCAGUGAUUUUGUGCCAUAUGUAGUUAUCUCACUGAAAAGCCUGAAUAUAACCCCAGCUGCUUUAGUGUGUGGUUUUAUUUGUAAAUGUCCCGAGUGUGUUGCAUAUACUUUACGUACAUUUUUUUGGCGAAUACAUGAUCAUCCUUUUAUCUUA